GAAUGACGUCACGCACAGAGACAGAGAGUCGAGGCCUCCGUGUAGCGUUGUAAAGUUCAACAUCGCCACUGGGGGAGAGACAAAGGCGGCCGGGCGUGGUGCUGGAUACCGACCCCCUUCAUAGUGCCAAGACAGGAACCAUGAACGAGGGAGGAGAGAUGAAGAUCUACUGCCCGGUCUGCAACUGGGUGGUGAUCAGCUUGCCCGCCCUGGAGGACCACAUGAAGCAGCACAGGGGCCUGACCGAGUCCGUGCUGUACCAGUGCCCCCACUGCCCGUACAGCACGGACAAAGCAGCCACUCUGAUCGGCCACCAGAGGAGCCACGCCGACGAGAAGCUGUACAAGUGCUGGAUGUGCGAUGAAGUUUUUGCAAAUUCGGGAGACUUCUGCUCCCAUCAGAGCGUGCACAUGAAGCGGGCGCGACGCGGGAAGGCAUUCGCCCCACCGCUAGGAGACGUCUCACCGGACGGGAGGAUCCGCGCAGACGAGAGGCCCUACUGCUGCAAUGUCUGUGGAGAGGAUUUCACUCAGUCGCACCACCUCCUCAACCACCAGAGGAUCCACACGAGUGAGAAGCCGUACAGAGUCCUCGUCAUACACGCGAGGACCCACACGGGCGAGAAGCCCUACAAGUGCUCCACGUGCGGCAAGUGCUUCGCCCAGUCGGGCAACCUGUGCAUCCACAAGCGCACCCACACGGGCGAGAAGCCGUACGCGUGUGACGUGUGCGGCAGCUCGUUCACGCAAUUGGGCACCCUCCGCGUGCACUGGAGGACGCACGCGGGCGGGAAAGCCUCCUCCGGGUCGGGGAGCCUCCGGUCACGCCGGCAGGUCCGCGCGGGCUCGAGCGCGUCGACGCUGCCAGCCAGUCCUCCCCUCCUCCGCCGCUGCACCCGUGGGAGGGCCGGGCGUCACGAGGGCGCGACUGCCGCUGGGGAGGUCGUGGCGAGCCUCGGGGGUGAGGGUCCCGCGGCGACCCCCUCGGCGACCCCCUCGGCAACCCCCUCGGCGACCCCCUCGGCAUCGCUAACAUCAGAACGUGGAGAGACCCUCAGCUUCGAGACGUGGCUGGGGGUUAAGGUAGAAUGCGACGGUGAAGAUCCUCCCGCCUCCCUACCGAACAUGAAGCGGGAGCGCAGAGGGAUCGCCAGCUUCGAGACGUGGUCAGGGGUGAAGGUGGAACAUGGCAGGGGGGAGGAUUCUUCAGUUCCCCUCUCGAUCGUGAAGCAGGAACAGGAAGAAAGCCCCGGCUGUCAGACGCGGCUGGGGUUAAGUUGGCACACGGGAGACCGAGUCUCUGCUUUGGGAACGGAUGUUGAGGUCUACGUGGAAAGAGUGAAGGAGGAGGCUCCAAGCAAGCAUGUCGAGUGAGAGUGAGUCCUCGACUGGGACCUUUGUUAAUUUGGUGGCACGGGUGGAGGAUGUGUACUA